CUGCUGCUGCUAAGGCUCCUAUUGCUACUGACGCUUUAACUACCACUACUACUACUACUGCUAACACUACUACUACAACUACUACUACAACUACAAUUAUUACUACAGAAUGGCAGACUAUAGGAUAUAAUGCCAGUGAAGGGAGGAGACGAAGCUAUUGCUGUGAGGCGCCACAGGGGACGAAAUGGAAGACAGAUCGAGACAGUUGAUCUCUACAAACAGAAGCAGGCUUCUGAAAGCCCCUCACGUGCUCAGCGCCGCAGCAAUUCCUUGACCUCUGGAGGUCGCAGUGGGUCUGUUGAAGACAGAAAUACACUAGAUUCCAAGCCUCACGCUACAACUGCCAAAAGAAAAGUUCAAUCAGAAAACUCAGAAAAUCAGAUGGGAAAGACCGAACAGACAAGUUCCUAUGAUUCAAAACGAACUCGGUCAGCUAAAGUUCCUGCUGGUAAAGAAACACUUCCAGAAUCUGGCGGAUGUCCGACGCCAGGCUGUAGUGGUCAAGGUCACAUUACAGGAAAACAUGCCCGGCAUCGAACUGUUCAAGCAUGUCCAAUCGCUGCAGCAGCAAAAAAGCGAAAACUUGAGAAAGAAGAAGAAGAAGAGGAGGAAGAAGCCGCUCAUCAUUCCGUAAAGCGGAGUCGUAAACGGCAGCAGACAUCAGCAACAGCGACAGCUACAACAGCAGCAGCAGCAACAGCAACAACAACAGCAACAAAAACAACUACUACCACGACAUCGGCAGCAGCAGGGAGAAGCAGCACAUCACGGACGAGUGAAGAGGACGACGACGAGGACGAGGAGGAAGACGAAGAAGGAGUGGAAGAGGAAGAGGAGGAAGAAGAAGCCGAAGAAGAAGAAGAAGAAGAAGAAGAAAGAGGUAGAGGGAGAGGAGAGGUGGAAAGGAAGAAAGCCGAAGCAGCUGUACCGGAGGGAGAGGCUGCUUCCCAAGGAAAGGAAAAGAACAAGGGGAAACACACUGCAAGUGGUAGUGGUGGCAGCGGUAGUGGUGGUGGUGGUGGUGGCAGUGGCGGAAGUAGUAGUGGUAGUGGCCGCUCAAAGGAAAAACCUCUCUCGGCUCUUUCGACAUCUUCUGCGUCGUCUACGUCUACAUCGGCAUCGAGUUCGACUUCUUCGAAAGCGAGCGUCGCUAGUUCUCUCAAAGACAGUCACAGUAAGGGAACACCCACUACGAGCGAAAGCACCGAAGACACCAAAGGAAAUGCAACGGCCGCAUCGACAGCAACAACGGCUCCUGCCACCACUUCCAUUUCUACUUCUGCUACUAGCACUACAAACACCGAGGCCAGCUGCAGCAAUGAUAAAACGCCCCUCGGGUUAGGGUUUGGUCUUGGACUUCAACUAGGCCUAGGUCUUGGUCUCGAUGUGAACGUUUCCACUGCUGCUUCUUCAGAGGUGACUUCCACUGCAGUUUCCGCAGUGACCGCGGCUACUCUGGCCGUGUCUACGAAGCUGUUAUCGUGCAGCAACAGCAGCAGUAGUGGCAGUGGUAGUGGUGGUGGUGGUGUUGUUGGUGGUGGCAGCAGUGGCGGUCAAGUUAGUGGAGCAUCGACAGCCACGGCGGAGAUUGAUGACGAACAGAAGUGCUUCCAAGAGGCUGAGCGAGCGCUGCGCAGUUUGUCGGGGGAGUAUGAUGAAACGGCAGAGGAGAGCUACUACUAUUCGACGAGGAGAAAGUCAGCAGCCCAGCGUCGUGGAACCACGAGUGACGAUGACAACAGCAACCAUGCCAGCAGCCGGGAGAGCAGUGCUGUGGGUGGGACGGGACCGAGAAGGAAGAAGAAGAAAAAAAAGAAGAAAAGAAAGAAGAAGGAAGGAGAAGAAAUGGGAGAGGAGGAAGCUGACGAGAUGGAAGAGGAGGACGAAGAGGAUGAGGAAGAUGAAGAGGUUGCUGCUUCCGAGGAAGGUACGGUUGGCAGAAGGCGACAGCAGGAGGAGGAUGUAGAAGAAGAAGGAGAGACGGGUGAAGGUGUCGGCAGUAGCAGCGGAAACAAGAGAGGAGGAGCAGGAAGUCGGAGAGGAAAAGUGGGAGGAGGCCGCUCAGGGUCAAGUAACACACGAAGCGGUGGAGCAACUUCACGUACCAGUUCUGUCACCACACGGGAAGUUUCUCGCCGCCAACCUGCUGCUUCAUCUUCUGGCUCAUCCAGCGCCUUCCCUCAUUCUUCCUCCUCUUCGUCGUCAUCAUCAACGGCCAUACCUGCAAAGAAAGACGGUGGUGGCGGCGUCUCCAAUGAUGUUGGCGAUGGAGGAGGCGGUGACGCUGAAACGCUAUCGUCAUCGUACCGGGAUGAGACCCAGUCAUCGCAAGGCAGCACGGGUGGAGGUGGUAGCACUGCUGCAAACAAUGGGAAUGGCGAUGAAUCCUCGGGCUCAGUUUCAAGUUCAGGAAAGUAUCCUCAGAGCCAGGUGGGUGUGGUGUCAUCCGACGAUGACGCUGAAAUCCUGCUGAAGAUCGAGCAGCAGUGUGCGAGUAUCCAGUCUGGAGCGACCUCCUGUUGCUCAGCAGAAAGUGAGUGCAACAGCGAGGCAGAAGCAGAGGCUGAAGUGGAGGCAGAGGCAGGGACAGGAGCAGAAGUCGACGAAGAACAUGAUGAAAUCAUGGACAUUCCAGAGUCGGUUGAAGGAGAGGAAGAAGACGAAGAGGAGGAGGAAGACGAAGAGGAAGAAGAAGAGGAGGAAGAAGAGGAAAUAGAAGACCUGGAAGAGUUGGAAAUGGCUGGAGAAGUGGAAGAAGAAGAGGAGGAGGAGGAAGAAGAAGAAGAGGAAGAGGAGGAAGGCGAAGAGGAAGAGGAGGAAGAUGAGUGUUGUGUUCUGAGAGGGGCGGAUGAAGAGGAGAUGGAGGAAGAUGAAGAGGAAGAAGAAGAUGAGGAAGAAGAGGAAGAUGAAGGCGAUGGGGGAGAUAAUGUUGAAAGUGGCUCACAGCGAGUGCAAAUGGGAUUAGGACUGGGGCAUGAUGGGAAGGCAUAUGCUCCGGUUGCCACAAAGGAGAAGCCACCAGUGGUGUCACCCGUGGAGCAUCUCCACCACCCGCAUCCUCAUCAUCAUCAGCAGCAGCAACAGCACCUCCAUGCCUCUGCUCACCAUCACCCACACCACCAAGAGCAACAACACCAACACCACCAGCAGCAUCACCACCAACAACAGCAGCAGCAACAUCAUCAUCAUCAACAACAGCAACAUCAUCAACUCCAACAACACAACCACCAACACCAUCACCACCACAACAUCAACAACAAUAACAACAGCAACAACAACAGCAGGAUUACGACCACCACCCUAGCGGCUGGUGCCAUGCCAAGCGACUGCAUCUACACGGAGGACAGUCUCAUGGCUACGACGGCAGCGACAACGACGUCUUCCUCAACGUCGAGUCCAUCGACGGUGGCCGGAGGAGUCAUCGGUUUGCCAUCCCCUGUCAACGUCCGGUCGCCGCCGCCGUCCCAUCAUCACCACCAUCAUCAUCACCAUCAUCAUCAACAGCAGCAACAGCAGCACCACCACUCUCCGUUGCCAGCAGCAACGCUCAGCCCGAACGCCGCCUCCAGCAGUGGUGGUGGUGGUGGUGGUGGUGGUGGCGGUGGAGGUGGUGGUGGAGGUGGUGGUGUUGGUGGUGGUGUUGGUGGUGGUGGUGGUGGCGGCGGCGGCAGUGCCGCUGUGGCGAACAGUGGCAUCGUCUCGACCACCACCGUCGAUAUGAUGUGCUCGACGACAGGCAGCCUUUCCCCGCACACACACCUCCAGCCACAUCCUCAUCCCCACCAACACUAUAGCAACACUGGUAGCAGUAACAACAACAACAAUAAUAAUCGUCAUCAUCAUCACCACCACCAUCAACAACAACAACAACAGCACCAGCAUCCAUCACUCUCACCGCAACGGCGGCGAGGCCUGACCAACACGAACAACAACAACAACAGCAAUAACAAUAACACCAGUAACAGCGCUAGCAGCAACAGCAGCAGUGCGGCUGCAGCAGCUGCUGCUGCUGCUGCAGCCGCCGCCGCUGCGAUGAUGACGAUGUCGUCUUCACCAUCAGCUUCACUAGCUUCCGCAACACACAACCUCUCCAAUACCACCGCCAACAACAAUAACAAUAGCAACAACAACAGCAGCAGCGAAGUGAUGGAAAUGCAGAUGGGGUCAGCAGGGAUGGCCAUGGAUGGCGUUGUGGGUGUAGGGCUUCACCACCAGCAGCAGCAGCACCAGCAGCAGCAACAAGCAGGCAUGGGUGGCGACCCCGAUUACAUGGUGGUCACCGAUUGGGCUACCGCUGGCAGCAACACUACUCCUGUUGCCCCACCCUCAGUAUCGUCAUGUUCCUCUCCUUGUUCCUCCCCCUCGGUUACCGGUGCGACCCCACCGUCUUCGUCGGUGACCAUGACGACGACGGCGGCGGCAGGAGUGGUAGCCACCACCACAGCCCAUGCGACGAUGGGCAACAGCUCAGUGAUAAGCACCCUGGUGCAAGCUCCUGUUAAUUCAGCAGUCGGAGUCAGAGUGAGCAGUGACUACGAUGUAUACAGCGAUGACGGCGGCCAAGAACUAAUUAAUGUUGUCACUGACAGCAACAACAACAGCAACCUCGACAUCGCCAACACCAAGAGACUGCCAGAUGAGCCCUCUGUCACUACAAGUGGAACACACGACAUCGGGUCAGGUGUCAUGAAAGAUAGUAAAUGUCCAACUCCAGGCUGUGAUGGCAUUGGUCAUGUUACUGGACUUUAUUCUCAUCAUAGAAGCUUGUCUGGAUGCCCAAGAAAGGACAAGGUAUCCCCUGAAGUUCUUGCACUCCAGGACCACAUUCUACGAUGUCCGACACCAGGUUGUAAUGGAAGAGGCCAUGUGAACAGUAACAGGAACUCUCAUAGAAGUUUGUCUGGCUGUCCUAUUGCAGCUAUGGGCAAAAUCAUGAACACGCAAAGUAACAAAAAAUCAGGCCUUCACCUUGUGCUCAUUCCAAAGUAUGAUGACCCUUCUAAGGCCGUGCUUGCUGCCUGCACUGAGACUGACCUGCUCCGAUUGGCUGCACAAGAGGUCAAGUCGGAUAUUCUUGCAAGCAAAAGAGAUGAAUCUAAAAAUAUGGCUCCCUAUGAUGCUGAUUCUUCUCGCAUCUCUCAGAACCGAUGGUUGCCAGACGGAGAGAAAGCUCUCUACAUGUCAACCACCAUUGGAAAGUUCCAUUCAACCACUACUACCACCACCACCACUACUACCACCAACACCACCAUCACCUCUACCACCACCACUAAAGGUACCACGAUUUCCAGCCCCGUGAAUACCGGCCAGGAAGUAGAUACACGUUCCGACCGUGUACUUCGACCAAUGAUAUUGACUAAACAGCUUGAUCUCCCUUGCUAUGAAUAUCCUCCAUAUGUGUCCACCUCUACACCACGCACCAAUCUAGCCAAAGAACUCGAGAAAUACAACCGGCCACCCACUGAAUUCCAAACAUAUCAAUCAAAACUCUAUCCCGGCAAACCCAUUGCUCCCAAACCGAAAGACUCAAGCAUUGAUCGACCAAACAUCUUGAGCAAACGGCCAAACUACAAACCGCAGUAUCGAUAUGAUCCUCAAGUCCCUGUUGCCCUUAACCUCUCCACAAAAGCAGCGGCGGCGGCAGCUGCAGCAGCUGCUGCUUCCACAACCGCUUCCACGACUAAUACAGUGAACUGUGUGACAAACGGCUCCGGGCUGGACCUCACCAUGAAACCAAUGCCUGGCGCAUCAGUGGGCGGGGUACCAGCUUCGACGUCGGUGAAUGUCCCUGCAGGACUGACGACGACGGCCACCACGACCAUUGCCAGCAUCACGACCACGACGUCGCUACCAGGCGGCAACAUGCCACUGACGAGCCGCAACAACACCAGCAACGGCAGUACUAACAGCAGCAGCCCCGGCAAUUGUGCAAUUGCUAUUGCUGCCGCCACUGCUGCUGCUGCUGCUGCCGCCGCCGCUGCCAGUGGUGGUGGUGGUGGUGGUGGUGGUGGCAGUGGCAGUGGUGGUGGUGGUGGUGCUGCUGGUGGUGUCGGCGGCGGUGGUGGUGCAGGUACUGGUCUCAUGGAAACAGCAAACGUCAACGUCAUGCAGCAACAGCAGCAACAACAACAGCAACAGCAGCAGCAACAACAACAGCAACAACAACUCCAACAACAACAGCACCCACACCAAAACCACCACCAUCAACAACAACAACAACAGCAUCAGCAACAACCACCUCCACCACCGCCACCACCCCCACAUCAACAUCAACAACAACAAUCACCACAUCAUCAACAACAACAGCAACAACAUCAGCAGCAGCAGCAGCAGCAACCCCAACACACUGUACACCAGGUGUCUCAGCCUGAUACAGGGACCUUAUCUUCUCAUCAAACACACCAUCAUCAGCAGCAGCAGCCUGAUGACCUUAUGGUUUCCUCUUCCCCAUCAGCACUUUCAGUUGUCACAUCCAUACCUGCCUCACUUUCAUCGCCACCUUUGAACACUGCUAUAUCAUCAUCAUCAUCAUCAUCAAAAGGAGAUUACAAUGGCUUGCCUGUAUCACCAGUAAAUGUUCCUGCCUUGGAGAAAACAGUCUGUGUCAAUGGAAUAGCAAGUCCGAAAAGUCCAAGUUCGUUGAGCAAGGCAUCUCCAAUAAGCAGCACACCACCGCGAACAUCACGUGAAGGGCGAGAAUUAAUUCAUUGCCCAACCCCUGGAUGCGACGGCAGUGGACAUGUCUCAGGAAAUUAUGCAUCUCAUCGAAGUUUGUCUGGCUGUCCGCUUGCGGAUCGAGCAACGGUACUUGCUAGCCAUGUUGAACAAAAAUGUCCCACCCCAGGCUGUGACGGCUCAGGACAUAUUACGGGCAAUUAUUCCUCCCACCGCAGUCUGUCGGGCUGCCCUCGGGCAGCCAAGUUAAAGAAAAUUCUUGGAAAAGAUGGUGAACGCAAAGACGACGAACCACUGAGACAACUUGAUUACGAUGGGGUUGACCUGAAAUACAGAUGCCCAACACCAGGCUGUGAUGGCUCUGGACACGCAAAUGGCAGUUUCCUUUCUCAUCGAAGUCUAUCAGGUUGCCCAAGGGCAACCCAAGCUAUGAAAAAGGCAAGACUUAGUUCUGCUGAGCUGAAUUCUCUACAAAUGAAAGUUCAAGCUGGACAUGAUCUUGAAAAUGCAGAGGACAUGAUCGAAAUAGAGAAUGAAAUCGAAGACCUGAAGAAAGCUAACAGGCAUGCAGAAACAGAGGUGAUUAAACUGCGUGCAGAGAUCACAUGUUUGGAAAACAAAAUACGCCUGCAAGAGCAGGAAAACUCGAGCGUCUGCGAAAAGAAUCAGCAUUUGCAGGAAUACGUGCAGUUGAUGCGUUCAAAGAUUAUCUCAUGUCUACAGAAUGUACAAGUGCCACAAAUAGAGGAAGCAAUCAGUGAGGAGAACUUCGACAAUUAUAUUGGCAAAAUACAGACACUGUGCACAAACAAGACAAAUGACAAUCAUGCCCUGUUCACAGUUAUUAAAUGCGCCAUUGCAGAGAUUAGCUAUCUACGGAAGAUUUAGGCGCUCUACUGUGCAAAGCAAGCAUCCCCAAAUCCCACCGACACUGAAUAUACGUAUAUAUAUAUAUAUAUAUAUAUAUAUAUAUAUAUAUAUAUAUAUAUAUAUAUAUAUAUAUAUAUAUA